UCCUGUUCUCACUGAACCGGGGACAGAUAUAACAAGGGCUUGAGUGCUGUAGAGCUGGCCAUUCCCCUUCUUACCAGUGAUGAUGUUGGAGCUUUCAAUUUCUGCUGCAUUUUUUCUCGCAAUAUUUACAUUUUUGGAGUUUCAUUUUGAUUUUUAAAGUAGAUAUAGCCUAUAGAUUUUUUUUUCUCUCGACCGUAACCCUGCUAAAUCCUCGGAUUCUGGUUUUGGAGAAUUUUCCCAGGUGUCCUACUCAUUUUAGACCAUAGUUUUUUUUCCUGUUUUGAAAGUCCACAUUGUAGAUUUCUGCAUCUUAACUCUACUUUCUUUGGCGCCAACAUUUUUGUCACAUAUUUCAUAUUACAGGUGGAAAUAUUUUCAAGCGUCUUGAGUUUUUAGAAAGCUUGGGAGAUUGAUGUUCAAGAAGUCCUUGUUUAUCACUUAACACGUUCUGAGCCUCAUCAUAGCUCACCCUUCGUCUUGACACCUGUGAGGACACAAGGAAGACUUUUUCACUUAAGACCCUGUGACUGUUUCAGCGAUUGCAUGAUUGCACAAACCUGACGCAUCUGCAGAGGACACGACUGCGGCAAUGGAGAGUACUUCAAAUGAAAGUGACUUUUGGCAAUUUAACGAAUCCUGGCGGAACUCAAGUGUCGUUAACGGCACCGGUUGGUUGAAUCAGACAAACCCUCUUAAGCGGAAUGAAGAAGUGGCGAAGGUGGAGGUGGCCGUUCUCGCACUGGUGCUGUUUCUGGCGCUGACGGGGAACCUGUGCGUCCUGCUGGCCAUCCACACCACCAAGCACAGUCAGUCUCGCAUGUAUUACUUCAUGAAGCACCUGAGCAUCGCCGAUCUAGUUGUGGCGAUAUUUCAAGUUCUCCCUCAACUUAUCUGGGACAUUACAUUUCGGUUCUAUGGACCAGACAUUUUGUGCAGGUUGGUGAAAUACCUACAGAUCGUCGGAAUGUUCGCCUCCACGUACAUGUUAGUAUUGAUGUCUGUAGACAGGUGUUUGGCAAUUUGUCAGCCACUUCGUUCGUUGCACAGGAGAAAAGACCGUUUCUAUGUCAUAUGUUCCUGGGUCCUGAGCCUGAUCUUCAGCAUCCCGCAGAUGUUCAUUUUCUCCCUGAUCGAGGUUGGCUCGGCCGGAUCAAGAGUGUAUGACUGCUGGGGCGACUUCGUGAAGCCUUGGGGAGCCAAAGCUUACAUCACAUGGAUCAGUCUCACUAUAUAUAUCAUUCCAGUGGCGACACUGAGCAUUUGCUACGGGUUGAUAAGCUUCAAAAUAUGGCAAAACUUUAAACUGAAAACUAGGCGCGAGCAGUGUAUAAGCCUGACGCCCAAAACCUCCAAAUGCAACACACUGGCCCGCGUGAGCAGCGUUAAGCUCAUCUCCAAGGCGAAGAUAACUACAGUGAAAAUGACUUUUGUGAUCGUCGUGGCUUAUAUCGUCUGCUGGACCCCCUUUUUCUCUGUUCAGAUGUGGUCUGCGUGGGAUCCAGCAGCGCCCCGUGAGGUGACUGUUUACCUUCAUGCAACCAAACCGUUCAAACAUGAUAGGUCCACACUAUGAGGCCAACAGAAACAAGAACGCUUCCGAUGCUGAGAUGAAACGAAACACAACGAGAUGAAACGAGAUGGGUGUUGCACAAGCCAAUGUAAACCCUAUACUAUAAAGUGCUCUUUGACCAUGUGAAAUUAUUUAAACUGAUCUGCACUUUGAUGUCUUGUAAUAACCCUGGAAUUAUAAUCUUUUUUAAAACUAUUUGAGAUAGCUAUAGAAUCAUGCUCACUUGCAUUGGGCGCAAACCUGCCUCUAUAGUGUAAUAAGUCCCUCAGUGGUGCAUUAAUAGUAUAUUUAAGUUCAGCCAUGAGAUGCUCCUAUGAAUAGCCUAUAAAUGAUUUAAUGAGCAAAGGUGUCGGUGCACUGCAUGAACAAGUCUCAUUGAUUAAUUUGUUCCAUGACAGCAAGCUAGACUUUUCAGUAUGGCACCAGGGGUCAAGAUAUGGUUCUACAGUCACUUUGAAAGAGAAUAAUCUUAUUCAGAUAUCAGUUUGUCAGAAAGGCUGUUUAAUAAAAUCCCAAAAUUGAGAAGGAAGUGGAAGAGAGGCCAGGUAGGAUGGGCUUUUGUUUUCUCUUUGAAUCAAAUGGAAACAUUUACGUAAGUUAUGGCCUCAGAUGUUCAGACACUAGCUGUAAAAAUAUUGCAGUCUUUUAAAAAUAUCGCCAAUAACAUAAAUCUUGUCUGUGUCUGUAAUAAGGUUGGUCUGCCUUGGAAAAUUUAUUGGUUUACCAAAACAGUUUGCAUGCAUUUUCUUGUGAUUAUUCUAGUUUGAGGUACGUAAACCCUAAAUGAGAAAAAUGCAAAUAAGUAGGUGGUCAAGUAUGUGUGUGUUUCUGCCAUUCAACAUUUUAACUUUUAUUUUCUGUCUUCUGAAAACACACAUCGUUCUGAAUGUUUUUUCACUUGGUGGACACUACAGCCUUCCCUGCAGAUUCAACUUUUAGCAAUGUUAUAGAUGUUAUAAAGCAGGUUGGCCUGGAUGAACAUCAAAAUGUAUUCACGUUGUUGUUGUUGAGCAACAAUUACAUUGGAAUUGAUGCAUAUCUGUGAUUCUGUUCAGGGUGCAUGUUUCCCAUCUGUUUCCCGUCUCAAUUCAAGGAGGCGGGUCUGACAUUAUCAGGUUCGGCCAAAAGUGAUGUUGCUAUUGUUUUCCACAUCAUCCACUGUUGCUUCCAUCCGCACCACUGCAAGAACAUCAGGAGAAUGCAUUUGCUGAUUACAAUUAUAGGCUCAACACACGCAGAAAUAAUGUUGCUUUAGAGGUGCUGGUAGGCAUGUUUUUGAAGUUUGUAGGGAGCAAGGCUUGCUGUUUCCCACUGCUGUUUGAGCGUCAUGCAGCACAGCUGUGAGUGCUUAUUGAUGCUACCUUUUUUCUUUAACCAUGACCUAAAUCUCUUGCAAACUUUAGCUAAGCAGUUUUAGUUAACCAAACCAAUGAGCUGGCAGAAUAUAAGAGUAAUGUUUAGUUUAUUUUUGAAACCACUGAUAAACAGCUUUUUUCACCUUUUAACCUUUUGUUGUUUUAAAGUAGAGAAACUUGUAAUCUGAUAGAAAAUAUAUAAAUAUAUAAAAUAGCAGAUUCUUGAAAAAACGAGUCCAGUAUAGACCCAACACACAACAUAAAUUGCAUUGUUCAUCAUCUGAUAUAUUGAAUUUUUUUCUGUUCUUCAAAUUGCAACUAAUGAACCUGCAAGCGCUGCAAGGUGACACUGCAAUAAAAUGGGCUAAAAAUAUUUGUAAUGAUGGUAACUUAGGAAAAUAUAAAAGUUACGUCCAGUCAGAAAGAGUAAUAUAACGUUACAAUCAUGGGAUAUUACUUACCCUAACGUUACCUGUUACACACGUUAAACCAUGUCACUAAAAAUCUCAACCUGACUAAAAGUCAGACAACGUGCAUAGCAGGACAUGUAAAAAAUGCUAUCACUAUAAUAUCAGUCUACAAGUUAACUCCGUUACCAAUUUCGGCGACACCCAAAGUAUUUCUGUGUCUCCAUUUCAGAGUAACUGUGGUCUGUAAUUAGUGUCCGUUUGAAUAAAGUGCCUUUUAACGUCACCUUAACACUAUAGCCUUGUUCGUGAAACAGUCCGUCGCCUAAUUUGAAUUACUGACUCGUUUUAAUUAGUAAUAUGUGGGAUGUUGGCUAAUGGAAAAAAUAGCUAACUAGCUAAAGUUAGUUGAUAAUUAUUACAACAAGUGCAAGUUGGCUGGCUAGCUGACUGGACAAAAAUGUUUGCAACGUUGGACUUAUUGGAUUUGACAAUCAAUGUCUCGAUAAUGGUGUGACACGAUAUCAACUGCACUCAUAAAACAUGUGCAUACACUGAUAACGGGAAGAUGAGAACAGAUGUAACUUUAGCCAUUACAAUCACGUUACAAUCCAGGCUGCAGGUUGCUCUGAGUUAAGAUGGCCGACAGCAGUCCGGUGUCACUUCCGCUUCUGAACGAUUCCAUUUCCCGAAAUGUAUAUAUAAACCAAUAUUAUACAUUUUAACGAAUUGAAUCUUGCUUGUUUCAUAGUGUGCUAUUUACAAACCAUAUUCAUAUGUUUUAACUGAUUCAAUUUAAUUGUUUUCAAAAUUAACAGAUUCGUGCUGAUUUUAAGGAAUUUGAAUAAAUAUAUUUUUUUAAAUUAAAUCAAAUUAAAUAGAUGAAAAUACUUAAUAAUAAACUAUGCCUUGAUUUUGAGUGUAGGAGCAAGGACAACAAAGCUGGACAGAUAAAGGUUAAAAAAAUAGACAGGACUGUUAUGUACACAAGUAGUAAAAAAGUUUUAAAAAAAUAGUGUUAAUAUAAAUAUCAUGUAAAUAAGAAGCACAAAUGACCAACAAUAUAAUAUGAAAUAACACACCUAUAUAUAAGUCAAGCAUUCUGUAAGUUGUAAACAAUACAAAUAGUGCAAAUAAAUUACUACUGAAUGGAUUUACAUAGGCUGGAUAAUUAUGUAAAUGUAUGUAUGGUCAAGUGUUCAUUUUAAAAGUUGAUAUAGUUCUGAGGUUACCGAUUCCUCGCAUCAUAUUUACUGUAGAGAUGUGGGAAUGGUAUCAAUCUUAUUUACUAACUCUCAUCAAAAAAGCCAUACGCAUAUUUCCCUAAUAUUGUAAACUAUUCCUUUAUCCAAAAUAGGACCAGUGGUGUAGCACACCCACUGUGUAAGAAUGUCCUCAUUGAACCAAUUAGUGUAAGUUUUAAAGCAUGAACAAAGAGCCAUUGCUUGAUUUACUGUAAAGGACCCUGUAGUGUUCACUUAUAGGAAGUUUACCCUUUUUUGCACGGCAUUAGGCUUAUCAAUAUGAUUUUUGGAAACGUCAAUGACGCCUUCCUCUUAGCUUUGUGACAUCAGUGGCAUCUGUGAUUUCAUAUUAAAGAGCCAAACAGAUUUCAUUAUGUAAAGGACAGAAACAUUUUAAGGUCAAACCCUGACUCAGAUUCCAAAGAAUCUGUGAACACAAACAUCUCCUCCUGCUGAGCCUGGUGACCUCGGAUGCUGAUUCACACUCUGUGUGUUAUCGAUUAGCAUUAAGUACUUGACGGACACAAAGCCUAGUGUUCAAUCUCCAAGUGUUACUUUUCAGUGUCUAUACAGUGAGAAAAGGUAGGCACUGUCAUACGUCCAGAAAGCCCUCUCAAAUACAAUGAAAAAGAGAUUACUGUAAAGCUUGUUUACCUUCAGGGAACAAGAAUCAGUGUUCUCGUUAAUGACUUGCUGAAGAGUCUUUCGGGGCAUCAGCUCUGACAGUCAGACAGAUGUACCACCCAUGGGGAUGAUCAUUCAGAUGCUGCCUUUGCAUUUGAUGUGUGAUUCUUAAUUCUAAAGACACCGUAAGCUAAUUCAGUUAAGACCUUUGCCUGAUAGUUCCACUUAUUAUUCAAAUUACAUCCAGGCUCUGCUCUCAUCUGUCCUGAUAAGAUUGCUUGAUAACUACCAGUUGGUCUUUUGCAGCAUCUCCAAAGAAGCGUAUAUUCCUCCAUCCAUGCCAGCAGCAUUAUAGUCUAUAUAGAGCAGGUUGAUCCAUGGCUCACUAUGUUUCUUGUACAAUUGUGUAAUAGCCAGUAAAUUAACACGCUUCGUGGUUGCAGAGUUUGUAGAAUGUUUUAGAAAUUGUCAUUUUAUUGUUUGGUUUAAAAUAUAGUUUCUACAUUUUUCUGCCAUUUUCAUUUGUAUACAUUUGAAAGAUUACAACGCAGCGCUUACCCAAAGGUAGAUUAUAAAGCAUAUGACACGAUAGUAAAAGGGUAAUUGAAUGAUCUGCACUCAUUUGAACUCAAGUUUUCGUCUCAAGAAUCGUUAAAAGCUGAUGAUCAAUUCUUGUUAGUCAUGCGUGUGACUUUCUUGCCCUUACAGAGAUCAUUUACGCUGAGCAAUUUAGUUCGAGCUCAGGGACUGUCAUUAGAGAAAACUUGAGAAUAGCAGGAGCACAGA